AUGUCGGACAAGGCGCUGCAGAACCUCCGGACCAACUUCGAAAGGCUCGGGGCGCGGUUAGGGGAAAACUUGGCGGAACACUCGCGAGAUCUCGGUCUUGUGGACGCUUUCGCCUCCGGAAGCGGCGGCGGUUCGGGCAAGUACCUCGAGAAUGGCGCAGUCUUGACGGCAGCUGGGAUCGACGAGACGAAGCGCAUGCUGGCGUCGAAGCGAGAAGUCGAGCGGACAGAAGGUCUGAAGCGGGUCAUCGCAAUGAUGACGAAAAACCUCCCCGUCACCUCGUUCUUUCCGCUUGUCACGUCUCUCCUCGCACCGACAACGUCCCUUCAAGCACGAUCUCUCAUCUCGCUCUACAUCGUUCACUGCGCCUCUCAUGCCCCCGAACUCGCCCUCCUCUCGAUCAACGCCUAUCAGAAAGACCUGUCCGACCCAAACCCGCUCGUCCGAGCAGGCGCCAUCACGACUCUCGCGUCGAUGCAGCUGCCCGACAUCCGCGAGCUCGUUGGUAUGGCGAUCCAGAAGGGCGCACGGGAUACGUCUUGGUACGUUCGAAGAGCGACAGCGGACGCCGUGCGGAUGCUGUACCUCGCCGACCCGAUGAAGGACAACCGGUCAUCGCUCCUCCCGACACUCAAGGUCUUGCUCGACAACGCGAGCCCGCUCACAAUCGGCGCGGCCCUGACGGCUUGGGAGACGCUGUGCCCGUCUGCAUGGGACAUGCUGCACCAGAACUAUCGCCGAUUCUGCAAGAUGCUCAUGGACGUCGAGGAGUGGGGACAGACGGUCCUGCUGCGCGUGCUCGUGCGGUAUGGUCGGACGUUCUUCCUUGACCCGGCAGCGUCCAAGGCGCUCGACCCGGAUGCUGAGCUGGCGCUCAAGAGCUCCGAAGCGCUCCUCCAGCACCUCAACCCGGCGGUCGUCUCGGGCGUCGUCAAGCUGCACUACUACCUCGGUCCGCCCGCACGGCACAGCAAGAUCGUUCGACCACUCCUGCGACUCCUCAAGGGACCUCCUGAAGUCGCAGCUGUUGCGCUCGAGGACUGCGCGCUCAUCGCGGAGGAACGACCGGACCUCUUCAUCGACCACAUCUCGAGUUUCUUCGUUCGCUUCUCGGAUCCGGUAGAGAGUCGGCGGAAUCGUCUGCGAGUGAUUGUCGCUCUGGCAAACCAGUCGAAUAUCCAGGUCGUCCUGCGGGAGCUCUUGACCUACGUCAAGGACAUCGACGACGUCUUCUCCGCUGAGGCGGUCAAGGCGAUCGGAACUUGCGCCCAGCAAGUACCGCAAGUUGCGCCCGAGUGCCUCCAGACUCUGACGAAUCUGCUUGAGAGCAAGCACGACCCGACCGUCUCGACCGCCGUCCUCGUCCUCGCCGCGCUCAUCUGCUCUCCGACCUUCCCCUCCACCGCCUCCCGCUCUUCCACCAUCACUCGCCUUGCCUCGUACCUCUACACCGGCAAGAUCAAGAACACCUCGGCGCGAGCGACGGUGUACUGGCUUGUCGGGCAGUUUGCGGCGGAUGGGCUUGUCGAGGGUUGCGGGCCGGAUGUCGUCCGCCUCGGCGCGAAGAACUUUGCAGAAGAGGCCGUCCCCGCGAAACUGCAGCUCCUGACUCUCUCCGCCAAACUCCUCGUCCUCUCGCACCUCUCCCCUCUAACCCCUCACCUCCGCCCGCUCUCCCUCUUGUUCGACUACCUCGCCCUCAUCGCGCGCUACGACCUUGCCUACGAAGUACGCGACCGAGCGCGCUUCCUCGCUGGACUGGUUGCGAGCGGUGGGAUUGGGCAGGGCAAGGGCCGGGGGAGCGAGGGCGAGGGCGCGAAGGUGAUGUUGGGAGAGGAGGAGUUCAGACAGGGACUGCAGGUGGAGGAUUUGACGGGCUCGGCGGGCGGGAAUGGGGAAGAGGAAGCGGCGGAGAAGCAGAGCUUGACGGCGGAGCAGGUGCGGAAGGUGCUGUUCGAGGGCAAGACGUUUGAUGGUUUCUCUCACCGCUCGUUCCCGCCCGAAGCGCAACUCGGCACGUUCACCCUCUCGCUUCCCGGCAAACGACCAUUUGCAGGCGAAUCGACUCCACUCUCGCACGUCCCUCCCUAUCCCUCGACCGUGCCGCCCUCCUCUAUCCGCGACCCGCCCACAUCGUCUUCCUCCUCCCCUUCGCGCUCGACCACCCCGCUGCAAGGAUUCGGCUCCGACUCGUUCCGCGCCAGUUCGAGCUCGCGAGGUGGGAGCAAGGUCGUCCUGACGCCCGGCUCAGGCUCAGGCUCAGGCUCUGGCUCGAGAGCGGCGACUCCAACGGGAGUUUCCGCGGCCGCGGCUGCGGCGAGGAAGAAGCAGUCGCUCAACGAGUUCUUUGCGGAGAGCGAGACGAGCAGUGAGGAGGACGAGGACGAGGACGAGGACGACGAGGAAGAAGAAGACGAGUCUGACGAAGAGGAGGAGGAGGAGUCGGACGAGGAGGAGGAGGAAGAGGACGAGGAGGACGGGUCGAGCGGGGAGGACGACGGGGAUGAUCGGGUACGCUGA